GGGCGUGUUUUAGUAUAUUUUUUUUCCACCGGGCCCCGUCGGGCGUGUUUUAGUAGGACCCCUACGAAUCAAUAUAGUGAAAGUUCUUUUAUUGUAAACCAAAUUUUGUUUUUAAUUGCACUGGCAAAAUGGAAGUUAUCAAAAAAAUGAGAGAAGAGAAGGGUGGGAAGAUUUUUAUCAAGGAUGAAGAUGUUGUUUCAAAGAAAAUCCAGAAUCUGAUUGAUGGAGGAGUGGAUUCUUUUCAAGUUAUUAGUGACUUUGAUCGGACUUUGAGCAGAGCAAGUUAUAAUGGUGAAAAGUGUACUACAUGUCAUGGGAUUUUAGAAUCUUCUAUCGUGUUUAAUGAAGAGACGCAAAAAGACUUGGCAGCGUUAAAGAAACGAUUCUAUGCGAUUGAAAUUGACCCUACGAUGACAAUUGAGGAAAAAUGUCCAUACAUGGUGGAAUGGUGGGAAACUGCCCAUAAAAUAAUGAUCAAAUCGAAAGUUAAGCGCACUAGCAUACAACAAGCUGUGACAGAAUCUAAUGUCAUACUUAAAGACAACUGUAAGGAGAUGUUUCAAAUUUUAAAUCAGAAUUCUGUUCCUCUGCUAAUCUUUUCUGCAGGGAUUGCUGAUGUACUGAUGGAGGUGUUGUAUCAGAAAUCAUCUUUUCUGCCAAACAUAAAAGUCGUCUCAAACUUCAUGAAGUUCGAUGAGAACGGAGUGUUGGUGGGUUUUGAAGGCGAGCUUAUCCAUGUCUAUAACAAGAAUGAGGGAGCACUGACUGACUCUGCUUAUUGGUACUUUGAGGAUAUUAAGCAUAGACACAACAUUUGUCUUCUCGGCGACUCAAUGGGUGACUUACAUAUGGCUGAUGGGGUGCCUGAUGUCAAUACUUGUUUGAAGAUCGGAUAUUUGAAUGAGAAAGUUGAGCAUUUGUUACCACGCUAUAUUGAUGCUUGGGACAUUGUUCUUGUUGAUGAUCCAACAAUGGAUGUUGCUAAUGUAUUAUUCGCUGCUAUAACUGAUGCCAUUAUUAAAGCAUGAACGCAAUAACAAAAAUUUUGUUAAUCAUGUUAUCACUGCCAUGUUUUAUGCUUGACAUCUUCUGAUUUAAUCUACUUGCUGCUGUGCCUUUUUGGUGAGAUAGUUUCUAAAUGCUUUUAAUGAAUAAUGUCACAAUGUUCUCUACAAUGUAAUAUAACUGGAUCAUUUAAACUUGGUGUUUAACUUCAAGUAG